GUGACGACCCCGCGUACCCUAGUCAACCGGGGCCCAAGGGCCCAAAGGUAAGUAACGAAAUUGAACUGAAUAAAUCGGGCUGACAGAAAUCUACAUUAAUCUUUCAGUAUACCAUGGAGAACUUGCCGACAUCGGAAGUGAAUUACGAUAGACCGGUUUCGCUCUUGUUUGAGCUCGUCAGUAUCGCCAAAGAGGAACUUAAUCUUUGGCAGAGACAAACUUUCUGUUUGGUAUCGCAUAACUCAACCAAAAGACGAACUCAAACAAGAGCGAAACCGGUACUCUAUCUACGGAAAAACGAGACCACAAUAAUUGUCGCCACUGUCUUGUUAGAGUCACUGUACAGUGUAGUACGUGUGGUGGUAGUACCAUUGUAAAAAGACCUUUAAACAAUGGUAGUACGCCCCUGACUGGAAUGCUAAAAAUGGAAGUAUAGUGUUCUGUAGUUCUGUUCUGUGCUCAAAGACCUCUUCCAUCUGUGAAUUCAAUGUUUGUCAACUAUCCGAUAGAUGUCUACCGUUAAAAGUAAACAAAUUCGUUUUCUAUCAUGAAAUUUCUAUUGAACCCCUUGUGAGUGUGUAAUUCUUUGAUUCCUAUUAAAUUAGUGUUAUGAUCAAGUGGUUGCGAUUAUUCUGCCGGUUUUAAAUAUUUUUAUUUUCUCAUCAAGUGAAACUCUGUUGUGACCAAACGUCCACAAUGGUUAUUUUUCUCUUGAUUCCGUUUAUUAUUUUUAUGCUUGUGCGAAAGUUUUUAGUUAGAAAGGAAGUGAAAAAUAUAGCCAAUAAGCACAUAGUUGUUAUUGGAGGAUCUAGCGGUAUUGGCAAAUCCAUCGCAGAAUUGGCAGCAAGGAAGAAUGCUCAUGUGACGAUAAUUGCAAGAAAUAUUGACAAACUGGCUCAGGCAAUAGAAGACAUACGAAAGUGUUCCGUGAAUCCAGCUGAACAGAGAAUCAGUUAUGUGUCAGUAGAUGUAACAAACUUUGAAGAUAUUGAAAACAAUUUAUGUGAAAUUGAAGAGACCAUAGGCCCCAUAUAUAUGCUUGUCAACUGUGCCGGAUUUGCCAUUUGUGGCGAAAUGGAAAGAUUUUCAGUACAUGAAAUUAAAUCUCUAAUAAACAUAAAUAUCUUGGGAAGUAUCUACCCCGUCAAAGCAAUAAUCCCAAAAUUCAAACAAAGAAGAGAAGGUAUAAUUGUGUUAACUGGAUCGUUGGUAUCACUUUUCGGAAUGUAUGGAUAUUCAAUAUAUUCCAGCUGCAAAUUUGCACUGAGGGGUCUUGCUGAAGCCAUUCAUAUGGAAUUGAAACCAUUUGGUGUAACUGUUACAUUAGCUUUACCUCCGGAUACAGACACUCCCGGUUUUCACCAGGAAAAUAAAUCCAAACCAAUAGAAACAUCAAAAAUAUCGACAAUGGGCACUCUUUAUAAACCUGAUGAAGUAGCUGAGAAAAUUUUACGAGAUGCUCUGGAUGGAAAUUUUUUCAGUUAUAUUGGAUUCAAUGGUUUCAUUCUUACAACAUUAUGCAAGGGAUUCAGCCCAUUCAAGUCUUUCCGUCAGGUUAUCUUUGAAUCAGCCAUACUUGGAUUGAUUCGUUUCGUUUCUGCUUUCUAUGUUGUCCAGAUGCAGAAAAUCAUACAACUUUGUUUUGAUGAGAAAGAGCAAAGAAAACGAGGGCAGCGAAAAAAUAAAUAUACUUAAUUUUUUUCUGAUAUCUACUUGUACUUAUUACAAGAAGGUAUUGUUAUUAUAUUCUAAUAUAUGCCAACCAACAUGGUUUUUUGCAAUUGUUACCAUUUAGGUUAGUCAGAAGAACGCACUCGGAAGUGGAAAACAGUUUGAACAUAUGAAAAUGUUUGGUGUUGUAUACAGAGUGUGCCAAGUCUAUGGUGCAUUGAUGAAGGCAUCCUGAAUUAGUGGUGAUCUCUUAUAUAAGUAAUUUGAUUCUUUGCAGUGAUGAUCUGGUCCCCUUUGAAAAAAAAUCAUCUUUUUUGUAAUAGUACAAUUAUUUUGCACUUUUUUAAAAAUCAGCAUCUAACUUACAUUUAAGCUUGAAAAAAAAGGCUACUCCAGAUCUCAAAGAUACUGACUAAAAAAGUGAAUAGUACUAUACUGAAUUCAUGCUCAUCUAUGAAAUUCAUAACAUAAUUUCUCAUCUGUAUGACCGGUUUUUAUAUUGAAAUUUGUUCACAGUAUUUGAAAAUUGAAGGUGCCACAAGAAGUUUGAAAUUUUGAUUUUUCAAUUGAGUAUAAGUGCCUAAUAUAAAUCUCUAGUUUAUUAUCUUCUAUUGAUUAAGUUUUUUGAAUAGAAGCAGAAUUAAUUUUUUUUAAAUUCUUCCUAACAUAGUAAUUAUUCUCGUUGGUGUUAACGUCCAUCGUUAAAUUAGGCUUUUAUUAUUGGAAUUUGGCCAAAAUACGGUUUUGGGUUAAUAAUGUUUAUUUAAAAAUUGCCAACAGUAAAAACAUUCCAGAUUGGCAAGGAAAAUAUUAGUUUCAAAUUAAUGCUAUUCAAAGUUCGAACUAAAUUUAAAAUAAGCCUUGAGAAAGGAACGAAUUACUCGGAAACGUCGGUAUUUUCAUUCAUGUUUUGAAGCCAGAAGCGUCGUGUUGAAAUUUCCAAAAUGAAAUUAUUGUUCCAAGGUUUGUGAUUCAUCGUCAAGUUAAAGAAGACAUACAAAAUAUAUUAAUCGCAAACAAAGAAGUGUGUCCACACAAUUUCAAUUAGAAAUCCGGGGUAAACGAAGCUACUUCAUAAUAUCUUUCUUGAAUUUUUUCAGUGGGAAUUGCAUUUCCUUCCAAUAUAUUAGUAUUGUUAGAACUGACGUUCAAUUCACGAUUUUUCGUGCUAUGUUUUUAUUAAUUGUUGCUAGGGUUCACCUCAACACUUUGAAAUAAAUGUUCUGUUUUAAUAAAA